AUGUCUAAAAGAAAGAGCACCGAGAACCGCGCUUUCAAUAAGGAGUGGGAAAUAAAGUAUUUCUUUAUUCAGAAUUCGGACGAGAAGCCGCAAUGCGUAUUAUGUGAAAAUUGUUUGAGUAAUAAUAAAAGUUCAAAUCUUGCUCGACACUUCUCUUCACUUCAUGAAAAAACAUACGGAAAUUACUCUGAUGACAAGCGACGCGCCGUUGUAGACAAAUUCAAAAAAGAGAUGCAAGUGUCUGUGCCAGCAUCUCUUAAUAAAAAGAGUUUAACUGCAUCAUAUGCGGUGUGCUUGAAAUUAGCAAAAGCCCAAAAAUGCUUCAGCGAUGACACACUUGUUAAAGAAUGUGCAAUAGAAAUGGCAAAAGCAUUCGACCAUAACAAUGCUGCUGAAGAUUUCGCAACAGUUGCCUUGUCAAAACAAACUGUGAAAAGUCGAAUUACUGACAUGGGCGAUAGUAUAAAAGAGAAAAUAAAGAAUUUAGUUGUUCACUGUCGGUAUUAUUCUUUGUGUAUGGAUGAGAGUACUGACCGAACAGAUAUAAGUCAAUUACUUAUUUUUAUUCGUAUAAUAAUGGACGACUUUUCGGAAUAUGAAGAACUACUCGCUGUAAUUCCGUUGCAUGGAACAACAACAGGCCAGGAUAUUUUUAAAGCUGUAAAAAAGUGUAUCGACGAAAUUGAUGGUUUCAAGAAAUGUUCUGCUAUUGCUACCGAUGGAGCACCGGCUAUGAUUGGUAGCGAAAAUGGAUUUGUUGGUCACUUAAGAAAAAACGGUAUAAAUUGUUUAACUUUUCAUUGCGUUAUUCAUCAGGAAGCAUUAUGCGAGAAAAGUGUUAGAAUGCUGUCAGCAAUGAAAAUUGUAACAAAAAUUACGAACCUUAUUCGCGGAGGAAAUCGGUCGCUGUCUCAUCGAAAGUGGAAAACAUUUUUAGAAGAAGUGGAUGCUGAAUACGGAGAUUUACUUCUUCAUUCUGAAAUUCGUUGGUUAAGUGCAGGAAAAUGUUUAGUUCGUUUUUUUGCACUCAGAAAAGAACUUGCCGAGUUUUUGAGUAAAGAAAUCAAAUCGGAUACUACCAAAUUCGUAAAAAACUACAGGAUCCAUCUUUUUUAUCAGAAUUGGCAUUUCUAA